CUUAUUUAUUUACUUCCAUCAAUCACCAUGCAGCCUUGCUCCUGAAGAUACAUGAUGGUAUCCUCUUAAAACAACCUUUCAAGGAUUUUUUUAGUUUUGAAAAAGCUAAUUUGAAUGCUGAUGCACAAUCUUCUUACUUUCUAAAAGUAGCCAAACAAUCCAUGACGUCAAAAUAUUAUCUGUAAGAACUUUCUUCCAUGCCACUGUGUCAGUGCGUUGAUAUCAAUCAGAAACGUGGUUGAUGAUCUAAGGUUGAGUCAUCCUUCCAAAAGGAAAAAAUGUUCAAGUUUUCAUCCCUUUAAAUAGCUCUUUGCAACACAAGAAAAUCAUCAAAACCAAUAGCAACCUUUAGAAGUUCAACCAUUUUCUUCACCUUCUGCUGUUGAUUCUUUCAAUUACACAACAGAAACCUUAAUUAUCAGUCAUCAAACAUGCAGACUUCAUCACUUCUGCGUCAGCUAGUUGUUGGAACUUCAGUAACACAUGGUCAGCUUCAAAAGCCAGUUAACAGAUUAACUGGUCCUGCAACUCAAUGUCAAUGUUCAACUUCAACAUCAAAGCAAAUGAGACUGAGGACAAAUAUAUCUGAAACUGUGAAGAGAAAGAUAAGCUUAGGGGCUCGCAUUCUUCGAGUUGGAGGAGUCGAAAAAGUGUUUCAGCAAUUUUUUACUACGGAAGAAGGAGAAAAGCUUUUGAAAGUUUCUCACUGUUAUCUGUCUACCACAUCUGGUCCUCUAGCAGGUUUUCUAUUCAUCUCCACCUACAAGGUUGCCUUUUGCAGUGAGAGAACAGUGAAAGUUUUUACUCAGAAUGGUAACAUGUUGAGGAUCCGUUAUAAGGUUGUUAUUCCAUUGAAGAAGAUCAAAUCCAUGAACCAAACUGAAAAUAUGCAGAAGCCAAGACAGAAGUACAUUGAGAUUGUCACAGAAGACAACUUUGAAUUCUGGUUGAUGGGUGUCUUAAAGUAUCACAAGACUUUCCAAUAUCUUCAGGAGGCAGUUUCUCAGGCUUAACUAUACUGGCUAGCAAAAUCCAGAAUCUGAACUCAAAGAAACAAACAAAAGUUUGGCAGUUAUGAUCGAAGAUACUGAGUUUUAUCUCUGAUAAAAGAGAUUUCAGUUCAUUGUAAAUAUUCCUCUUACAUUUGAUCUUCAAUCACAGUGAAUGGAUGUGGUAUGUUAGAAACCAGUGAAGGAAGAUUACAGUAUAGGAGUUGAAAUUAAAGAGAAAACACAUUGAAAAAGAUGGAACAAAACUGCUAGCUGCCAAAUUGUAUGAAUUUCAGACUAAAUUAGACAUUGAUUUAGUUUUAA